GGGCACCAAGGGUUGGACGGCUUUUUAAAAUGUUCACUUUAAAUUUUCUAUGUUUGGGUUUGGUAUAUUUCUCUGCAUGCCAUCUUCAGGAUAAACCAGUUAAUGGCCAGGAAAUACAACUGCCACCAGGACAAGAAUGCCAGAUGACUCCAGUGAUACACGUUUUGCAGCAUCCAGGCUGUGUGCCUAAGCCGAUUCCAUCCUAUGCUUGUAUCGGGAAGUGCAGCAGUUAUGUACAGGUCUCUGGAAGUAAAAUUUGGCAAAUGGAACGUUCAUGCAACUGUUGCCAAGAAUCAGGAGAGCGCGAAGCUACUGUGAUCCUCUUUUGUCCCAAGGCCAAAAGUGAAGAGAAGAGAUUUCGAAAGGUAUCCACAAAAGCACCUUUAGAAUGUAUGUGUCGCCCUUGUGGCAUUAUUGAAGAUAAUUCAAUUAUUCCUCAAGAAAUAGCUGGUUACGCAGACGACGAACUGCUUCAAAACCAAUUUAGGAAGAAUUUAUAAUUAUUUAAGUAAUUAACUAGGUAGUUACUAACUUAUUUUUGUAAAGUUUAUGAAAAAACACGAAAAACUGCAACCGAUGAUAUUGACUGAGCUGUAAAUAUUUCUUCUUAUUCAAUAAAGAAC